UAAAAUAAUUAGGAGUGACUCCGUGUACGGUGCAAGUGAACACAACAAAGCUGUGAGAUCAUCGUCCAUAUAUGAAUCACUGUACAUAGAACAGGUAGACUAGCUUCUGCACUAAAUUACUGUUUCUUGUAAUGGAAGGAUCCUCGUCUACACUGUGAGCCUUUAGUGAAUGGGACACAUAAUGACAAGAUUACUGCAGAAACGAAGAGAAACUGUUCUUAUGCUAGGGUUGAAAAACUCUGGUAAGACAACAAUACUUUACAAGCUUUUGACCGGGAAAAAGAUUUUGUCAGUCCCGACGUUCGGUUUUAACAUGGAGAUCCUACCAUUUAACGACAUUGAACUUGAUGUGAUGGACGUUGGGGGCGGAGAGAAAAUGGUCCCGUUGUGGAAGCAUUAUCUAAUCACAGCCGCUGCUAUCGUAUACGUCCUGGACUGUAACGACUGGGGAAGAAUGAACGAAAACAAGGAACUGAUUGAAGACAUUCUGAGUCGACCCGAAAGAAAGGGAGUUCCGCUGCUCGUGAUUGUAAACAAGGCCGAGAAUAUGACGCGACCUAUGACGUCAGGCCAUUUUCAGGAAAAACUUGAUUUAAACUCAAACACGAGGGGAAGGAAAUACAAGGUACAAUUCGUGUCUGCCGAAACUGGAACUGGUGUAGUUGAAGCGUUUACUUGGCUGUGUGCGGUGCUCGGCUCUGGCCACGCAUCUAGGAAAAUAAAACGACUUCGUGAAAAGGAAAAAAAGAAAGGAGCGGUGCGUGCCAAGAAAAAGAAACACGAGGAAAUUGAGAAAAAGCAAAAAGCGGUUGCAUUGACUAAAUACACAAGUCGCAAGUCGGUUGAUGUUUCUACUAGUUUAGAAGCUGCAAGGAGACGAUCUGGCAGCUGUGACUCUAUAAACGAGCGACAGUUUUCAUUUCCAGACAUACGUUCUAAUAUACAAGAUUUCUUUGUGUCCAGAGUGGGUGAUGGCGUAGAAAAUUUAAAUCGGUCACGUGGGCACAGCAAAGUUGAAGUGACGCCACCAAGUGACGGAAGUCAUGUGGUGGACACGCUUUCAACGAACCCUCACGACCCGCAGUAUGAGAGACGACCUGGUAGCAUGCUAAGGAUAAACGAGUUAAAAGAGAAGAGAGACAUGGCCUUGGCAAAGAAAAAUGACGCCGAACAAAUACAAACCGAGGGUGGUUGGGAUAAAAUACGACGAUUGUUUAUUCGGCCGAAUGCCAUGAAUGAAAGUGACCAGCAGCAAACGGUCUCCAAAAUAAAUCCUAGUGAACAAAAAGUAGAAGACAGUAACUCGGUUGAGCUGGGUCAAAGCACAGCUUGUACUUCACAAGUGUCUGAUAACGAGAGCGAACAGAUAAGGCAGGAGGGGUUAAAUCAGAAAGUUAUACGGCUUCCUUCCCCGGAUAUAGAGACACGAAAGAUGAAAAGAAUCAUCCGACGUCAAAUUAAGAGCACGAGUGGAAUGGAAUUCGAAAACUCUCCGCGAAUAAAAGCUUCUGCAAUUAAUCGCCAACGAAUCUUGAUGCGAAACACCGCGAACUAUAAAACGGAAUCUCCCAGAACGAACUCGCAAGGAAAGCGUUACAAGGUAGUCCGACGUAAAGUUAAAGUUGCUGCCGAGACAACUGUACUACAAACUGCACAACCCAUCGAGAAACAAGCGACUCGUUCUCCCAGGUCAAUGCGGGGUGGUGUUUGGUCAGUCAUUGCCAGCAUACGUUUUUCGUUUCCCCUGGGACGUAAUACCCAGCGACACCAGGCAGAUACAGACAUAAGCGUGGGAGAUUCAACCUUUCACGUGACGUCAUCAAAUGACGAUUUUCCAGACACAAAUCACGUGAUGUCAGUGAUGGAGUUAAAUGAUCACACGCCUUCUACGUCAAGUGAGAUGACUCCGGAAAGAAACUAUUCGACAGAAAUCAUCACUUCUGCGUGAAAACGAUCAAAUAAUCAGCAUUGCCACGAGUUUUGUACUAAUCUGUUGUGUGUUCUCACGGUAUACGCUUCAAGUCAGUGUAGCUUUGGAAGACUUGUAUACAGCACUGUGAAGCGAACGUUAUAUUACAGCGCAUGGUUUUGAAGUUCAGUUCAGUUAAUAAUAGAAAUUACGAAUCUUUGGCAUUUUUUUUGCGGCUGCUGUUUUGCCGCAAAUUACGUGUACCUUGUGUAGCAAAUGAAGCAUGAACGGUGUGGUACAGCUGCUCGCCAGAUGGUAGUUUGUGUACCUUGUAAAUAUUGCGACUGAAAUGAUAAAUAUAUAUGUGUCAUGUGUGACAUAUAUGUGGAGGCAUUUUGCAGAACUGCAAAGUAAGAAAAUUAGCAUGGU